AGAUUUUUAAUAUCAAAUGAUGAAAAAUAUUUUACAUUUUUACUUUCAUGUUUUAGUCAAACACCAUAAAAUUUGGUUUUGGAAUAUUAAAAGACCUAAAAACUUCUGUCUCUCAACAAAACCCCUACUGAUUCGCCACACUCGCCAAGAAGAAAACCACCUCCCUCCCUCUCUCUCCGUCGCUCGCUACUGACCAGAAGCUAACCUUCCCGUCCGUCCGUCCGUCCAUCCGUCCAUCCAGCCAUGGCCGACGAGACCUCCGACGCCCGGAACGCGGCGAGGCUCCGCAUCCUCGAGCUCGCCAACAUGAUCAGCGUCCCCAUGUCCCUCAACGCCGUGGUCCGCCUCGGCGUCCCCGACGCCCUCUGGCAGGGCGGCUCCAACGCCCCCCUCUCCGCCUCCGAGAUCCUCGCCCGCUCCCCCGCCGCCCACGCCGGCGACGCCGAGAACCUCCAGAGGCUCCUCCGCAUGCUCGCCAGCCACGGCGUCUUCGAGGAGCACGUCGCCCCCGCCGCCUCCUCCGCCUCCUCCGAGCGGAGGUACUCGCUCACCGAGGUCGGGAAGACCCUCGUCACCGACGCCGAGGGCCUGUCGUACGCCCCCUACGUGCUCCAGCACCACCAGGACGCGCUGAUGAGGGCGUGGCCGCUGGUGCACGAGGCGGUGCUCGACCCCGCCACGGAGCCCUUCGUGAAGGCCAACGGCGACACCGCGUACGCCCACUACGGGAAGAACCCGGAGAUGAACGAGCUGAUGCAGCGGGCCAUGUCGGGGGUGUCCGUGCCGUUCAUGAAGGCGAUACUGGACGGCUACGACGGGUUCUCUGGGGUGGGGAGGCUGGUCGACGUGGGCGGGAGCGCGGGGGACUGCCUCCGGAUGAUCAUGGGGAAGCACACGCACGUCCGGGAAGGGAUCAACUUCGACUUGCCCGAGGUCGUGGCCAAAGCGCCUCCCAUUCCUGGGGUGACCCAUGUUGGUGGCGACAUGUUCAAGUCCAUCCCUGCUGGUGAUGCCAUUUUCAUGAGGUGGAUACUGACGACAUGGACGGACGACGAGUGCAAGCAGAUACUGGAAAACUGCUUCAAGGCACUCCCUGCGGGAGGGAAGCUGAUUGCCUGCGAGCCGGUGCUACCGCAGCACUCAGAUGAUAGCCACAGGACUCGAGCACUUCUUGAGGGCGACAUCUUCGUGAUGACCAUCUACAGGGCCAAGGGCAAGCAUAGGACUGAGCAGGAAUUCCAGCAGCUCGGGCUCUCUACCGGCUUCCCUCGUUUCCAAGCAUUUUACAUCGAUCACUUCUAUGCUGUGCUAGAGUUCCAGAAGUGAAAUGGUGUCUUGGAAGAGGGACGAAUGAUAAGAUGUGGAGCUACUACCAUCAAUUUAAUUUUCGGAUCGAGGCUCUUUUAAGCCCGCAGUUGGUAAUUAUCAUCUUUCUUUCCAUAAAAUAUUCAGCUCCUUGCACCUACGUGUAAGUGAGUAUACACGUCCCCCAGUUAGGACAGGCAUCAAAUGAAUUGGACGAAAGCUACAAUGGCAUUGAUCAUAGAGAUUAUGCCUCCUGAAUAAAGUUGCAGGGGCUCCUUUGCUGUAUAAGCUGCUUCCAUCUUUCUUUUCAUUCCGGUAAUGCAACAUGGGAAGCGUUCUAA